AUGCCUAAGCGUAAAAGGGACGAGGCGGAAGAGGACAAAUGGCGCAGAAGAAUAAAAAAAUACCAGGCAAAGUUAAAAGAAAAACAGAACGUUCACCGUGUUGUUUACUCGGACGAUGAACAUGAUAUAAUUGAAGAUCAUGAAGAAUACGAACGAGACACGUGUUAUGAGCCUGCAGGUUCCGCUGCGCAAUAUGACGAGUACAUUUACGAUGAUCUGCCCGAGGAUUUUGAUCCCGAUUUAUUACGAGCCUUAGGCGAGUUUGAGCCAGACACUGUUGAGUGGGGCGACAACAUUCACGAAGAUAUUGCUAAACAUUUUCAGCACAUCCUUUUGAAUGGGCUAAAAAAAGAAGCAAAGGAAGAAUUACAUAAAAAAUACUUAUUUCCAAAAAACGUACCUUUUUCAAAAGCCCCAACUCUGAAUCCGGAAUUAGCCGCCAUGCUGACCGAGGCAUCUAGAAAUAGAGAUAAUAGGAUUCUUGCCAAACAACAGCAGAUUGGAAAAGCCCUUUCAGGUCUAGGCAAGGCUAUGAACUCCCUUUUGAAAAAGGAGCCUAAUAUAGCUGAAGCUAUACGUACGCUAAGCGACGUCGGAAAAUUAGUUGCCGACGCUCACUUCGCCGAAACUGAAACUCGUCGGUCUGUCGUAAUUCCACUGGUUGACAAAUCGCUCAUUGACCCUUUCAAAGAUAGGAAAAGGGAUAGCUUUUUAUUUGGCGAAAAGCUUGGCGAUUUAGUUAAAAGCUCCCGCGGCAUCAAGAAAACUGGGCAGUUGAUUCAAGCAGCACCCACAGCAUCUGCUUCAAGUUCCGGUUUAAACUGGAGGCCCCCACCGUCACGCCCACGCCUACAGCGAGGCGGCCAGCUGCCGUAUCCCGGCCGCGGCGGUGGGCUCCGAGGAUACUCGUACUACCAGCCCAGGCGCCGAGCGCCCCCAGCCCACAACACGGCAUUCCGGCGACAGACGCAGCAUCCGCCGCCGGCGCCUCCGCCACCGAGGCGACAAGCGGCGCAGGCAGCGCGCCCGUCAGCCAACCAGCCACAAACAUAG